AGUUCCUUGACUAAUGGCAUCUCUCGAAACUGUGAAUCCUCACUCCUCCAGCUUUGUGCCGAAGGUGUACGAAGCACCAGAAGGAGCUUCACCGAAGGAACAGUCCCUUGCAAAAUGGAAGUCGGCAGUCGGGUGUCCUAUUUAUGAAGAUGCGAAGCCUCGCCUGACGUUCGAGUUCAACUAUCACGAUUUCGUAUUGGCGGAUGUUCGACUCAUGCGCCUGCAGGACAGUGAGGAUGGUGUCCGUCUUGAACUCUUCUAUGAUGGAGAGAUCGCUGAUGUUGGCACCGACCUUGUGGGAUUCGUCAACGCCAUUCAAGCAUCAGUUUCAAAGGGUUUGCAGGAACGGAAAAUGCAGAGGUUCCGACACAUGCUCGAACGAAAGAAUGCUGGUCAUGUCGAGGAGUGGCAGAAGUAUAUGAAAGAGACUAAUGAAAAGGGCGAUGUCGAGAUUAAGUUGGAUAUUGAUCUCAAUGGAGCCACUUCGGCAGAGGAUGAUAAUUCUCCUUUCCGAGAGGCUGGCUGCGUGCUCUCAUUCGUGGCGGUAUCAGUGACAGCGUCGCCCGGCACGGCAGACCUUUUGGGGGAGAUAUGUUUUCCUGAGUACUUUCUGGAUAAGGACUGCUCUGAGCGCAAGGCUUUCAUGGACAAGCAAGAUGAGGCAACAUUCCCACGCUGGCUUUAUCUCUUCUUAAUUCCAAUUGCCAUCUGCUUUGUCGCCGUCGUUUUUGCCUGGAGUAGGAUUGCGCAGGUGUUGUAUGACAAGUACUUCAUCGCCAACGGGGACUUGCCUGACAUGGGCACUUCUUCGGCUGCCUUGAACUUCACGACUGAGCUAUGAUGGUUUCUCUGUUCCUGCUGGCCUGCACUCAAUACCACUUGUAAUUUCGUAGCUUGUAAAGCCUAGCAUACAUCACCGCUGUUCAGUUGCACCGUUUCGUGU